AUGCGUGGUAUGCUUCAUAAUUUGAUUCAAAAUAAUGGUAAUAAUCUUAAAAAAUGUCAAAAAGUAUUAUUGCAAACAUGUAAAAAAUAUAAGAAUAAAAAUGAAGGACUUUUUAUUCUUUACAUGAAUCCAAAAGAAACUUGUUUAAUGCUUAAGAAUGAUAUAAAAGUAAAGGGAUACACCGAAAAUGAUUCGAAUUCAAUACAUAAACCAUGUUCUACAUUAGAAGAACGUUGUACUUUUCUAGAAAAUGUAGAACAACUAAAACAUUAUUUUUUGGAAAAAAGAAAAAGAUUUUUUCUCAAGCAAGGAACAAUAAAGGAAAAGAAUCCAUUUAACUAUUCAUGUGUUUUUCUUGAGAAAUCAUGUGAUAUAUUGGUUUCUAAUAUGAUAGAUCAUUAUACUUCACUUAAAGAAAAUAUGGAAACUUGGAAUGUAAUUGAUAAAGUAAAUAAUGAUACAAAGAAAGAGAAUAUUUGUCUAUUAUGGAUGCCAUAUUGUGAUAAGCUUACACCAAAUUGUCAGAAUUUAAUAAAAAAUAAUAAUAAUAAAAAUGGGGUUUGUUUACAAUUAAAAGAUAAAUGCAAGUUAUUCUUUGAAAAAAGAAGAAUGGAAGAGGCAAUAACAUAUCAGUUGAGGGGUAGUUUGUCUACACGUGACGAAUGUAAGAAGGCUCUUGAUGAAUAUUGUCAACGUUCAAAAAAUACAAAUAAUGCUACAACUGCAGGUUUAUGCAAAAAUAUCACCACUAAUGCGAAUAGUCAUCAGAUUAAAGAAGAUUUUUGCGCAAGAAUUAUUGCUCGUGUACUUGAGCAGUGCUCGGAAUUAUUAAAGGAAAUUACAAAAGCAGAUAACUUAGAAAAAAAACGUGAGAAAUUUGAAAAAAUCAAAAAAGAUGCAGAAAAAGCAACGAAAAAUGCUAAAGUUAUUUUAUCAAAAAUUAAAUCAGUAAACAAUGAAUUAAUGGAAAAAAUUAUACUUAAAUUAUCUAAUAAAAAAACAAACACAGUAAUGAAAUCUAAGUAA